GGGGCGCGCGCCGGGCUUCGCUCUGCUUUGGGUUCGGCUUACGUCGGAGCGGCGGCUGUUGUGCAGAACCGAGCUUCCGGGGCGUCGAGGCGUCCCACCUGGAACCGAAGAUGCCGAAGCCAAUCAAUGUUCGAGUUACCACCAUGGAUGCCGAGCUGGAGUUUGCCAUCCAGCCAAAUACCACCGGAAAGCAGCUUUUUGAUCAGGUGGUUAAGACCAUUGGUCUCCGGGAAGUGUGGUACUUUGGCCUCCAGUAUACAGACAAUAAAGGAUUUCCUACCUGGUUGAAACUUGAUAAAAAGGUAUCUGCUCAGGAGGUCAGGAAAGAGAACCCUGUCCAGUUCAAGUUCAGGGCCAAGUUCUACCCCGAGGACGUGUCUGAGGAACUCAUCCAGGACAUCACCCAGAAGCUGUUCUUCCUGCAAGUGAAGGAGGGGAUCCUCAGCGAUGAGAUCUACUGCCCCCCAGAGACAGCCGUGCUCCUGGGCUCCUACGCUGUGCAGGCCAAGUUUGGCGACUAUAACAAAGAAAUGCACAAGUCUGGAUAUCUCAGCUCGGAGAGGCUGAUCCCUCAGAGAGUCAUGGACCAGCACAAGCUCACCAGGGACCAGUGGGAAGACCGGAUCCAGGUGUGGCACUCGGAACACCGUGGCAUGCUCAAAGAUAAUGCUAUGCUGGAGUACUUGAAGAUUGCUCAGGACCUGGAAAUGUAUGGAAUCAACUACUUUGAGAUCAAAAACAAGAAAGGGACAGACCUCUGGCUUGGUGUUGAUGCCCUGGGACUAAAUAUUUACGAGAAAGACGAUAAGUUGACCCCAAAGAUCGGCUUUCCCUGGAGUGAAAUCAGGAACAUCUCCUUCAAUGACAAAAAGUUCGUCAUUAAGCCCAUUGACAAGAAGGCACCUGACUUCGUGUUCUAUGCGCCCCGCCUGAGGAUCAACAAGCGAAUCCUGCAGCUGUGCAUGGGGAACCACGAGCUGUACAUGCGCCGCCGGAAGCCGGACACCAUCGAGGUGCAGCAGAUGAAGGCGCAGGCGCGGGAGGAGAAGCACCAGAAGCAGCUGGAACGGCAACAGCUGGAAACGGAGAAGAAGAGGAGAGAAACUGUGGAAAGGGAGAAGGAGCAGAUGCUGCGGGAGAAGGAGGAGCUGAUGCUGCGGCUGCAGGACUAUGAGCAGAAGACCAAGAAAGCUGAGAAAGAACUCUCGGACCAGAUCGAGAGAGCCCUGCAGCUGGAGGAGGAGAGGAAGCGAGCGCAGGAGGAUGCGGAGCGGCUGGAGGCCGACCGGGUUGCCGCACUGCGUGCCAAGGAGGAGUUGGAGAGACAGGCGCAGGAUCAGAUAAAGAGCCAGGAGCAGCUGGCCGCAGAACUGGCGGAGUACACCGCCAAGAUCGCGCUCCUGGAGGAGGCGCGGAGGCGCAAGGAGGACGAGGUGGAGGAAUGGCAGCACCGGGCCAAAGAAGCCCAGGACGACCUGGUGAAGACCAAGGAGGAGCUGCACCUGGUGAUGACCGCGCCGCCGCCACCGCCGCCCCCGGCCUACGAGCCGGUGAGCUACCCUGCCAGUUACCACGUGCAGGAGAACCUGCAGGAGGAGGGCGCCGAGACUACCGGCUACAGCGCCGAGCUGUCCAGCGAGGGCAUCCUCGAUGACCGCAACGAGGAGAAGCGCAUCACCGAGGCCGAAAAGAACGAGCGCGUGCAGCGGCAGCUGCUGACCCUGAGCAACGAGCUGUCCCAGGCCAGAGAUGAGAACAAGAGGACCCACAACGACCUCAUCCAUAACGAGAACAUGCGGCAGGGCCGGGACAAGUACAAGACCCUGCGGCAGAUCCGGCAGGGCAACACCAAGCAGCGCAUCGACGAGUUCGAGGCCAUGUAACGGCCGGGGCCUGAGCCAGAGGCCCCAGGCUUUAGCGUAAUUCAAUCUAGAAACCCCUCCGUGUGUCCCGGGGCCCUCCAGGGGAAGUGUUCAGGGCCAGGAGCCCUGAAGUCCCCGGCUUGCUUUCCCCCACUUGUAUCAUAGUGCCAAAGAGGCCUGAUUUGUCUUAUUGUUUUCGUUGGGGUUUUUGUUUUUGAGUUAUUGAAUCCCUGCCUGUUCUCUACUUGGAGCAGGGCAAAUGGAAUUAAGUUGCCUGUAAAAUUCUGCGUCGCCUCUGUUGGUCCAUGUGACCCAAGUUUCUGUAUCAUUAAAGAAAACCACGUCGUGGCUUC